CAUCUGUAGCUUUAGCUUUCUGGUUGCGGUCUGACGUCGAUAAUCAACAGGUUAAGGGGAUGGGAGAGCCGCCUGUGGUGAUCCUUCAGCACCAGAUGAGUGGUAGGUAGGGACUGUGCAAAAGCAAUGUUGUGCUGCUGUGUACAAUGAAGAAAAUUUUCAGCUUUACUAAGAAGAAGAAAUACCCAUCUGGUACUCCUGACAAUGGGAGUGUGCUUUCUGUUGGGUAUGAAGUGAAAGAAAAAGACCUCGGGAAGGUUCACAAGGCUGCCCUAGUGGGCGAUGUGGUAAAGUUGAAGCAGCUUGCUAAGAAGAAUGAUAUCAAUCAGCUUGACAAAGAAAAUAGAACAGCACUUCAUAUUGCAUGUGCCAGUGGCCAUGUUGAGGUGGUGCAAUUCCUCGUUGAGAGCAAAGCCAAGCUUAACCUAUGCGACAAUCAAAAUAGAUCCGCCUUAAUGAAGGCCGUUCAGGGCCAGCAUGAGCACUGUGUGAGCUUACUGCUGGAGAAUCAUGCUGAGCCGAGCCUUGUGGACAUCAAUGGCAAUACUGCUCUACAUUUGGCAGCAAACAUCCCAUCUCUCUCUACUGCUGUCCUGCUUCUGGAGCAUGACGCAGCCAUCAAUGCCCAAAAUAAGGACGGUUUCUCACCCUUAACUGUGGCAGUCCGUGAGGACCAUAUCGAGAUGGCUGAGUUUCUCCUGAAGGAGAGUGCUAAUGUGAAUUGUUUGGACCAAGACCAAAGGUCUCCGUUAAUGAUAGCUGCUGGCAAUGGACAAAUCGCUAUGUUACGUCUGCUCUUGCGAUAUGAAGCAGAUAUUACACUAAAAGAUACCAAAGGAUGGUCAGCUGAUGACUACGCAGUGAUGAAUGGGCAUCAUCCUUGUUCCCUCCUGAUAAUUGAGCAUGGUACGCAGAGGAAGGAUGGUCCCUCCCUAUCUCAAGGUCCGAGCAAAAAGAAGAAGAAAACGCUGCUGGGCAGUCCUUCCCAAGAUGUUGAAGCAGGCUUCUCUUUGGGAGGACCUGCCACUGACAAAGAUGGUAAUGGAGAGUUUUCUCCACAUGAUAAUGAAGAUUUUGAGGACAAUUCUCAGUCUGAGUCAUUAAGUCGGGUUUCAAAAAGUGCUGCUGAUGAAUGGCCUUCAUCCGAAGAUGAUGAUGAAUCGGUUUCAAUUGAAAAGAAACCACAGAAGGUAAACCUGAGGAAAAUGAUUGCAUCAAAAAAGGGAGCAGCUUCUGCACUGCCUGACAGGUCCUUGAGUGGUACAGAAUCUGAGCCCGACAGUGAGAAUAGAAUCAAGAGAAUCCCAUCCCUCCCAAAGGCUUUACCACCCAGCAAAGCCCUACAGCACCCAGUAGAUCCCUCUCCCAUUUCCUUCCUUUCCAAAACACCCCAGAUGACUUCUACCCCCCUUCCAAGCUACAGAAAGAAAGAAGAUUCCAGUGAGGAUGAGAAUGAUGAUGAUGACCAAGAGGUGGACAGGGAUGAUGAGGAGGAGGAGGAUAUCUCUGAUGAAGAUGAUCAGCCUGAAGAAAGUGGAGACUCCCUUGAUGCCACAUCAGCUGUUACUGAGGCAGAAGUUUCUAAAGAUAAGAAAAGAGAUUUCCUUUCUGAGCUGGGUCUGGAAAAGGGAGAAGAGCAGGAUUCUUGGGACUCUGAGUCCCACUCUGAAAACCCCACUAUGUUGCACGAAGAGAAACAAACCUCUGAAAGUCAGAAUAAGGGAGAGAUGUCCCCCGUUGAAGAGGAGAUAAAAGAAAACUUGUUUUAUAUUCCCUCUUUUUUAAGAGGGGAAGGAGGCUAUAGGAUGGCAGAACUAGAGCCUUGCAGGAGUGUAGGCAGGCCAAGAGGCGGCCAGGGAGAGGCUGUAAUCGGCAGUAAUGGUGAUAAUGAAGGCGAACAUGUUCAUGCAGAUGACACUGCACAGAAAGAGACUGAGAAGGCAAAAUGGGAACCACUUUUGAGCAAACUUGAAGGAGGUCAAAACCAAAAUACAGACUUGAUGGAAGAGCUCGGUCUUGGUGAUGUUGAUGAUCUUGAAGAUGCAUCAGACUGGGACACAGCCAGUACUACCAGUAAGAGAACCCUGCCUGGUCGCAGACUGGCCUCUCCUGGAAUUGAGGAAACCCCAGAAUGUGCCAACCCAUCUGAUAAGGAGAAGGAGGAGGAAGUCACCUCUCCAGCGGCACCACUUACACCUCAGAGGAGCUUCAGCUUGAACAAGAAACAGCUCAGCUCAUCUCAACACGUGCCCCAUCCCCAACCUCGUACAAGGAAGAUAGUGCUUCAGAAACCAGAGAGUGAAGAAGAAUCAGACUGGGAGCCAGACAACUUAGCAUCUUCUAGCAAAACAGCCAAAACUGACAAUCAGCUACAAAAUAUAGCUGGGCUUCAGGCAGUGGUUAGGCCAGGCUCCCCUGAGGUCUCACCAGAGGCAAGAGACAGUGAAAGUAAUAUUGAAUCUGACGAGGAGCAACAAAAGGAGAAAGAUGAUGCAUUAGUUGCAUAUGAGUUAAAUGUAGAUAAUCCAUGCCCAUCUGGCUAUAUGGGCUCUGACUGUGAAGAAAAGGAUAAUGAGUUCAGAUUUCAUCACAGUCCUGAGGACAGAGGUGAAGUUCCAUGGGAGAAACGUUACGAGAAGCUCUGGGUAGAGGUAGAGAAAAGGGAAGUAAAAUCCACCUUCAAGAAUGUCGCUGGCGAAUUGAAAGAGAAGUUUGGAGAGAUGAUUAAGUCUGGAUGUACUGCAGAAGAUGUCACAGAAGAAGAGCAGGCCACAGCUGAGUCUUCCUCAGCAGAAGAAGAUUCCAGCGAUGAUGAAGAAGAAGAAGAAGGGGAAGUUAUUAUACGCCCCACAGCCAGAGCAAGGGGUACAGUCCUCCUUACCAUACCGGAGCAGAGGGAGUCUGGACUGGAAGACUCAGAGUCAGCUGAUAACUCUCUGUGCGAAGAGGGGAUGCAGGCCUUUGAACCCCAAGCUAGAGCGCAAGAGACCACCAUUUGUCCAGAGCCACAUCCUGUAGCUGAGGACUUUAUGGAGGAGAGCAGGUCUCCCUCAUGUCAACUCACCACAGCAAAGAGAGACAGCAAUUUAAAUCCUGCCAUCACAGCUUUUACUGAUGAUCACACUGUACCCAUGUCUGAUGUUGACCAGAGCUCAUUUACAAAAGACAAGACCAAACUUGGGCCAUUCCACAAACAUCAACUGGAGCUUGAUACUCAGAAGAACCUUGUCUGCUCAGGAUGCCCCUCAGAUGAUCCUGAAGAGUUUCCUAAGUCUAAGCCUCGCUCGCUAAGCAGAAGUUCUGCAUCUAUCCCAGGUGUUUCUAAUGAAGAGUUAGAAGAGGACAUCGGAAAGUUUAAAUUUGAGGUAGGGAUGCUGAAGCUUGUCUUCCUGGAUUUGGAGAAAGAAAAGGCCCAACUCCAAAAAGAGGUUGGCAAAGAGACAGUCAAGACUGAUAUGAAGGCGCAAAAAAAACAUGCUUCCUGGCAUGCUGGUGGUAUGGCAUCAGAAGGAGUGGGUACAGAGAAACCUGACUCCAGGCUAGGAUGCCGAAAAGAACUGUCAAGUCAAGUUGGAGCCACUCAACAGGAACAGCAACCUGCAGUCACCAAGAGCACCAGCAGGGCACCAGUGCAACUGCAGCUCCCACUCCAGCAGAUCUACAAUAACAGCAAACAGGAAGGACAAGCUGUAGUGGAGACCUUACAGCCAGAGCUGGUCAGAGGGGGCAGCACAGCCCCUCAGACCAACACCCAUCUUAAUGGGGAUCCCUUCUCUGUGUUUGAUGAUAGCACUUUAAGUGAUGUGUCGGACGAUGAAGGAAGGUUGCCAACUGGUGAACAGCAGAAAGACGACGAGAACCCUGGAGAAAUGGAGAUGGCAGAAGACUUUGAUGAACUCACUCAGUCUUCAGACACGGCAACAGAUGACAUUGACUCUCCCACUUCAGGCUAUCGUCAUGCGUCCCUCCUCAUUCAGAAGCUGGACUCAGCCACUUUUGACUCCAGAAGUAUGGUGAAACUGCAGAACAUUUUCCAUGAAUACGAGCGCUCCAUCCAAAAGGCAAGAAGCCGUCAUGCAUACCUGUCAGACAAGGUGAGCCAGCUGGAUAUAGAGAGGGCAGAGUUGAAGAGCUCUCUGGAAGAAGUCAAAGAUGUUAAGUCUGCCUUGGAGCGCAACCAGCUGGAGUUGCAGACUGAAGUCACAAACCUCAAAUUUCAGCUGAAGCAGGAGCAAGAAAAUGGCCGCAAUGCCACUAUGAUGUACAACACCACCAGAGAUAAACUGAGGAGGACAGAGGAGCAGCAGCAGUUUGAGAUUCAGGAGAGACAGAAGGUGGAGCUCACCCUCCGAAACCUGGAGCUUGAGAUGAGAACACUGGUCAACAACAUGAAACAGCUUGAGGAGGACCACAGUGAGACUCAGAGGCUGCUGGCUCAGGAGCGCAGUGCACGGACCCUGCAGGAGAAUCUGCUCAAUAGCCAUCUCCGUAAGCAGCAGGAGAUCGAGGAGGAGAACAAAAGAAACCUUAACAAAAGCAAUGAGGCCUUGUCUCAGCUCACUGAAGCCACUGACAGGGAGAGAGAGCUGCUCCAGCUGAAUUCCACCUUACAGGAAAAGCUGAGCAUUCUGAGAACCGACCUUGAACAUUUGCAGGCCAACGACAGCCUCAAAGAGAGACAUCUUUUGGAGGAGAACGAGGCCCUCAAGGAACAGCUUGAAGAUGCCCGACGAGAUCUGAAACUCAACAAUGAAGCUCUGACCCAGACUGUCUUCACCUGCAAUAACCAGAUGACAACCUUAAAGUCAGAGUUGGCUAUAACCACAACCCGCCUGGAGAAUGAGCGGCAGGCUCGUGAGACACUGGCGACAGAGGUCGACUCAGCUCGUAUCCGUCUGGCUGGGGCCAUACAGGAGGCUGAGCGUUGCCAGGCAGCUCACACAGACACAGAGAAAGCUCUGCUCCGGGAGAAGGAUGAACACCAGCGUCUUAAAGACAGAUUCACAAGUGAAGCAGCCAGUCAGCGUGAGGCAGUCAGCAGCCUGUCUCAGAAGCUGGCCAAGUCAGAGGCACGUGCCAACAGCUUGGAGAACGAAGUUCAUCGGGGCACGCUGCAGCUGACAGAGAAGGGCCUGCUGCUGGACGUCCUGCAGCGGGAGAAGGACCAGGCAGUCUCACAUGUAAAGGGGCUGGAAAUGGCUCUGCAAGCUGAGAAGGAUCUGGUCAGCCGUGCUGGAGCACGCCAAGAGACUACGCAGGAGCGGUUAGCCCAAGCCCAGAGUGAGGGCAUGUUAUUACGGCAACAGCUAGAGGAGGCCCAAAACAAAGGUGUUGCAAAGGAGCGUGCUGUCACAGAUGCCCAAGAGCGCUUCAGUGACAUUCUGUCCAAGCUGCGCUCUGACUGUGAAGAGAGGGUACAACUGGUGGAGGAGAGAAAUAAGGAACUCGCCAGUAAGGCAGCUGAUCUCCGAGAUCAGAUCUUCAAGUUAGAAGAAGAGAAGAAUGAAAGAGAGACUAGUCUAAGGCAGCUGCAGCAGGAGCUAGCUGACUCCCUAAAGAAGCGAUCUAUGAGUGAAGCUUCUCUGGAGGUCAACGCACGUUAUCGCAAUGACCUGGAGGAAGAGAAAGCACGGCUCUUCAAAGACAUGGACAGGCUCAAAGGAAAGCUAGAGGAAAGUGAAGACCAAUAUGUGCAGUCUGAGAGACGCAUUAACAGUCUGAAGAACAGUCUGGAUGAAAGGGAAAAGGAACUUGCCAUUGCUGCUCAGAAACUCCAGGAGGCACUGUCCACCUCAGCAGCCUCUGAUACCACAAUCAAACAGCUAGAGGAAGCUGUGCAAAGGCUGGAGAUAGAGAACGCCAGGUUGGAGGCUGCUGCAAAACAACAGUCCAACAAAAUAAAUGCGCUUCAGAAAACAGCACAGGAGGCUACCAUGCUAUCUGACAGCGCAACUGGAGGAGGGGUUGGUAUUGUGGAUGUCAGAGGUCAUUUGGAGGACUUGGUUACAAACCUCCAAAGCAGUAAGAUGACUUUGGAAGACCAGCUCAGCAGAGAGGUCCAGAAGCAGAGCAUGCUGUCUCACACAGCCCAGGACUCUCAGGCAUUGUGGGAGGAGGAGCUGAAGAGUCGCUCUAAGUUAGGACUGCGUCUAGCAGAGCUUGAAAAGGAAAAAGGAGAACUCAGCUCACAGAUGGAGAUAGAAAAGAAGAAAGCCAAGAAAAUAUCAGAGCAGAAGAAGGCUAUAGAUACUCGUCUGGAUCAGGAAAUGAAGAGAAACGCAGAACUUCAAAAAGAAAUGUACAGGUUGCGAACUCUACUAAAGACUGCAAAGAAGAAACUGCGGGAUCAGGACACGGGUGGAGCUGAGUUUGCCUCUCCAAUGAGCAGUCAAAGGAUAGACGCAGGCCGACACAGCCAGGCUGAGGGUGCCGUUGGACGAAUGAAAGAAAAGGUGGACGAUCUGCAGGGACAGUUGGAUAAGGAAUCAUCCCGCCGCAGCCACUUAGAAAAGCUGAACAGUGAGCUUAAGGAUCAGCUGGCCUCCCUGAAGAGCUUGAAUCACAGUAAUGACCAACUGGAGAGGAGUAAGAGGCAGUUGGAGGAGGAGGUAUUGGACCUGAGACGCAGAAUGGAAUCCUCUCAGAUAGAGCAGAGCCACGCAGAACAGUACCGGCGUGACGCGGAGGAUAGGGCCCGUCAGGAAAUACAACAGAAACUGGAGCAGGUUAACCUCUUUCUGCAGUCCCAGGCAGCAUCCCAAGAAGCAUUGGAUCAGAUUAAAGCAUCCAAUGAGGCAAACCUGCGCUCCCAACUGGAGCAGAAGAUCCGGGAGCUGGAGGGGGAACUCGGACGGGUCCGAACCACUCAGCAGGACAGUGUCAGCCAAAGAGACUCAACACGCACAGAGCUAGAGCGAUACCGCCAGCUCUACGCAGAGGAGCUGCGCCUCCGCAAGUCCCUGAAUGCCAAACUAGAUAGGGCCAACAGUCGGCUCGGAGAAGCCAAUUCCAAGUUGCUUAAUGAGCGCAGCAGGUCUUUUAUCACCAGCAGCAUUGCAAACGGUAGCCUUGGAGGGCCCUCGCUGGAUGUGGGCUCCUUGGCUUCACCUGCCAACUAUGGGGCCACACUGGGACCCCUCAACAGGAGCCUUGGCCUGGGGAUCUCCCUCCUCAGCCCUGUGACUGAGGGGCCGAACAGCAGGGUGGAGGACUACCUGGCCAAGAUGCAGAGCGAGUUGGAUCGAAACAUAUCAAAGGAAUUAAACAAUGCCACAGCAGAGCUGGACAUUGCUUCUGCCCGUAUGUCACCAGUGGGCUCUGCCUCGAGGGUGGAGCUGGACCCUGUCAGCAGGGCAAAGCAGCAGUACUUGGAGGUACUGAAGAAGAACAAUAUGAUCUGACCACUAGCCCCAAAUCCCAAUCCAAGUCCUUUUAAUUUCAAAUAUCAGCUGAUACCAAAUCCAAUCCUCUCCUUGAAACAGAUGUGAUGUAGCACUAUGUUGGUGCUGUGGAAACUAAAAAAAAAACACAGUCCACUCUCAGUUGUACAGUGGUGUUACAAAGUGGAGUUUUUUCCCUUACAAAUUAUCUUAAAGCUUAAUUGUGGCCUGUUAUUAAGUUACUCAGCUGCUACGAAUUUCACCAGUGACAUGUCAACGGUGAAGUGGCAGCUAAAGAUGAUAAGCUGCUACCUGAAUAUUUUGUACACUGAUCUUUUCUUAUAAAGAGAGAGGAAGGGUAACAGAUUAGCUGACGUUGGAGCUUAGAAAAUCUGUUUUUUUUUUGCCAACCUCAGUGUCAAUCAGUAGCACUGGUGUGCCUGAAU